AUGUUGAAAGUUGGCAUCUGCACUGCUCUAAAUCAGGACACUGUUAGAAAAUUAAACAACGCUGGGGUCGUGUCUGCGCUCGACUUUUUACUGAGGGAUCCUGAAAAAUUGGCUCAAGAGUUACAUAUAGCAUAUAAGGAUACAUGCUCUAUUCGCCGGGUACUGCUAGCAGAACACUCAGCCUACCCUGUGUCUGCAGCCACUUUGUAUCAGACGGCUCUGUCAUCACUGACCAUCUUGUCCACCGGCAGUGAGAGCCUGGAUCAGCUUCUAGACGGUGGCUUGUAUACAGGGGAGCUCACUCAGAUUGCUGGAGACAGCAGCGCAGGAAAAACACAAAUAUGCAUGCGCUGUGCUGCCACAGUUGUGGGCACUGAUGGACAGUCAGUCGUCUACAUGGACACAAGCUCUGGCUUCAGUGUUGAGUGCUUUGUGGCUCUGCUGUCAGAAGAUUUGACCCAAUUUCCUGCGAGGGCUCAGACAUGGCUACAGUCUCGUCUCAAACAUGUCAGCUACGUUCAAACAUUUGAUGUUUUUGAGCUGUUUGCUGCACUGGACACGCUGGAGACAGACUUAACGAAACAGAUGCUGUCAGGUUGUCAGACAGUGAAACUGGUCAUCAUUGACAAUAUUGCCUCAGUGAUACAGCCAAUCAUGGGGGGACGAUCUGGCCACAGAGAAGGCUUCCUCUCACAGAUUGGGCUCAAGCUGAAACAGAUGGCAAUUCAUUUUUCCCUGGCAGUUUUGGUGAGAUAUGGGACUGUUCGACCAGCAGAAUCAGCUUCAUCAUCAUCAUCUACAACUCCAACAGCAGUGGUAUCACAAGAGAAGGGUUUGAGGGAAGUGUGUUUAAUCAAGAGCAACAGACAGGUAAG